CUUACGUGCGUCAAAAGAUGGAGCGGUUUAACCAACCUCAAACCCCGAUAUAAUGCAGUCCUAACCCAAACCCCUUUAGUUAAAAAUUCCUGAGAAAUGGGAAACCAAGUCUCAGAAGUGAGGGGCAAAAUAGUAAUGUGGGAUGGUUCGGUGCAGGAAAUAGAGCAACCUUUGACAGUGGCAGAGUUGAUGCUGGAGCACCCAGAGCAAGUUGUGGUUGAGUUGCAUUCAGCAGUGAAGCAGAAAAGGGCAACACCAUUGCCAGCAGAUAACAAGUUAGAGACAAACAAGGUGUAUCUGAUGCUUCCCAUUAAGCGAGGGAAGCCCGUUGGAUUAAGCGGGGAAGACACUCGGCGCAUUCUCUUGAUCCUUAAUUCUGCUCUGCACCACUCCAAGUUUGUUCCCUGGCUCACGCGUCUGUGCCAGAACACUACUACAAUUGUCGAACCUCAGAGAAAGGAAAUAACAAAACAAGAACAAGAGAGCUGCCAGUUGUUUUUCCCGGAAAUCUUGGAAGGGAGGCCUGAAUAUUUGAAUAGGCAGGUUUCAGGGAAAGGGUGGAAGCCUACUCUGGACACCAUUAAGGAGAAUAAUAUUGACAGAAAACUCACUCACUGGUUGUUCCUCAAGACCUUUUAGUCAUACAUACACCAAACUUUUAUAUAUAUGCAGUUUGUUUGUUAUCUGUUUUUGGUACUGUUGUUUUUUCAGUUGGAGUUUUAUUCCGAUGAUCUAAUGAAAAUUUGCAGUGAGUGUCAGAAUGGAUUAUCGAAAUAAAACUCUGCUUUUAAUUUGAAAGUGAUACCAAAAACAUUUUAAACCAACUGGAUGUAUUUUUGUUUUUUUAAGUAUAGUUGUCAAUUAAUGAAAAUGUUUGUGGCUUUAUGUGGGUGUUAAAUGUAAGAACGUAAAAUGAGAGUUUAUUGUAUGUAUUUAAACUUCUGAGACAGAACAGUGAAGCUACCCAAAUGAAACUGGGAAGUCCUUUCUUCCGUUUUAUUUGGGAGGUCACAAAUAUUUUGCAUGAGAAACAUAUUAUUCAAGUUAGAUAGAUAGGAUUUCUUUUAUUUAUUAAAUAGAUAGAUCAUUAUGCGCAAUAAAAUUUUCUUUUGGAGUA